AAAACAGAAAAAAAGAAAGAACAACAAAAUUCAAACCCACCGAUGUUGACAGUUUACUUUCCAAUAACAUUUUCCAACGCUUUUUUUGUCGAUCCGCGAAUCGUGUUGCGCUGUUCAAACCGUUUUUGAUUUACUUUAGUCAAAAAAACGCGAAAUUAUCCAUUUCACAAUGCUUGUUUGGUGAUGUUGAGUGAAUCUGUUUUCUUAUUGUGCAUGUGCAGUGGUGAUUGUGCUUGAAAACUAAGAAAAUACAGCGGCACGAUGAAUUCCAACUUCACAACCCCGAAAAGUGGCGGAAGUCGUUUCGGAUCGAAACCCUUGACUCCGGGCAGGUCCAAUUUGGUGAGGCCUACGGUCAGUGCAUCGUUGGUAGGUGCGUUGAAGUACACCACCACUAGUUCGUCUAGCAAUGAAAGUCUAUACCAAACUCCAUCGUCUUCAGCUAUGAAGAAAUCGAAGAAUCCAUCGGCGCUGUUUUCCAACACCAAGUCCAAAUCAUCGCUCGCUUUGACCCCGGUGUCGCAGUUCCGACCCCGAUCGGAUUCGAUAACGUCGUUCAAAAGCUGCGGGGGAUCGACGUAUGGCACCCCGGUUGACAGGCUGAAGAAGACCAGGUCUGCCCUUGAGGGUUUAGCCGUUGGAACUCCGGAGUGUUUUUCGAAAGUGUCCUUGGAUAGCCCUGGCGGACGUCCUUCAGGGAAGUUGGAUGAAUCGGUGAAGUCCGUUAAGGACAAAGAUGUGUUAACUGCAGAGAUCAGCAAUUUAAAGGUAGCGGUCCGUGUCAGGCCACUAUCUGCCAAAGAGUGUAUUGAUUCCGUUGCAAACAUUGUGCGGGUGAGGGAAAAUGAAGUGGUGGUGAAUGCCGGAAAUACGGCAGAUAAUUCGGCCGGAGUGGAGCACUGCUUUCAAUACGAUCAUGCUUUUUGGUCGUGCAAUGCUGAGGAUCGAUCCUACGUUGACCAGACGGGUGUUUAUAACCGCCUAAUGAAACCACUGAUAGAUAAAGCCUUUGAAGGAUACAAUGCUUGCCUGUUUGCUUAUGGCCAAACGGGAUCCGGAAAGAGCUACAGCAUGAUGGGAAUAGAUUCGGAUGAUAUGGAAAUCAGCUCGGAAGCUGGUAUCAUUCCACGUUUCUGUCAGGAGUUGUUUUGUCGCAUCGAAGCAUUAAAGGGCAAAAUGCAGGCCGAGGUCGAGGUCAGCUAUUUUGAAAUAUAUAACGAAAAAAUCCACGAUUUAUUGGCCGUUUCGCCCACCGAAGGAGUAUUUUCUGUGACUACAUCGAACGUGAAGAAGCCCCCGUUAAAAGUGCGGGAACACCCCUUUUGGGGUCCAUACGUUGUAGAUUUAAGCACCCAUCCGGUGGAUUCCCACUCCGCCCUGAGAAACUGGCUUGCAGUCGGUAACAGCCAGCGAGCGACGGCUGCUACCGGAAUGAACGACAAAAGCUCCCGGUCCCAUUCGAUUUUUUCCGUGGUCCUCAACCUUUCAGAGGUAAUCUCUUCAGAGCAACGGAACCUGAAUGCGGUCCAUCAGACCAAACGGAGCAAAAUCAGUCUGGUAGAUUUGGCCGGUUCGGAACGGGUCAGUCAGACGUGCGGUGCGAGCAGUGAACGACUCAAGGAAGGAAUCAGCAUCAACAAAAGUCUGCUAACCUUGGGGAAGGUGAUUUCGGCAUUGGCCGAAACAAAGCGAAGUGCUUCAACCUAUAUUCCAUAUCGAGACUCCGUGUUAACGUGGCUACUGAGGGAAAACCUUGGCGGUAAUUCACGGACCGCAAUGUUAGCAACGAUCUCCCCAGCAGUAACACAUAUAGACGAAACACUUGCCACGCUGCGCUAUGCCUGUCAGGCCCGAACCAUCGUCAACCGUGUAAAGGUCAACGAAGAUCCACACGACCGGAUCAUCCGUGAACUUCGGGCAGAAGUCGAACGUCUGCAGGUAUUGCGGCAAGACUACGAGCGCCAAAAGCGUCUAUCGGCCAAUCAGCAACAGCAGCCUCGAAAAAUCAUCAUUGAAACGUCGGUCGAUGAUAGCGAAGUCGAAGCACUGAGACUACAGCUGGCAGAAACGGAACAGGAACUGGUCAAAGCGCAAAAAUCUUGGCGGGAAAGGUUGAUGGAAGCGGAGGAUGUGCGUCGCACGGAGAUGAAGUUACUCAAGCGAAAAGGUCUUGCGUUGGAACUGUCUGCCGAGCAGAAGGAACCUUGUUUGGUGAAUCUGGCCGCUGAUCCCAUGCUAUCCGGAACGCUACUGUACAUAAUUCCCAGCGGCAUCGUGAAAGUUGGACGACCUUCGUCAUUUGCAACGCCAGAUAUCGUGCUGGAGGGACCGCUGGUAUCGCACCAUCAUUGCUCAAUCGAAAACCGAAAUGGCAAACUGUUCCUCUCGCCGGAGGAUGCCGACCAGUACGAAACGUUUGUCAACGGAGAGUUGGUACGUGAGCGCCGCCAGCUGUUACACAACGACCGGGUGGUUAUCGGUGGAUCGCACUACUUCCGGGUUUCGAACCCGCUCUGUCCGAACCGCUCGAAGCAAAUCAUAGUCGACUUCCAGUCGGCUCACCAGGAAAUCCUCCGCGAGCAGGAAAAACGUUUGCGCCGUGAACUGGAUGCUGAAAAGCAAGCGGCCAUUUCGCGCAUCGAAGCCGAGCGAAUCGAUCACGAGCGCCAAUACGAGGAACGGUUGGCUUCGUUGGAACUGGAGAAAUUCAAAUACAAAUGCCGGCAAGAGUUGCUAGAGACUGAAAAGGAAGCUAUGCUGAAGCACAGUACGGACGAAGAAGGCGAUAGCACCUUGGUAUUCACGCCUUUCCAGUCCAAUCUGGCUGAUGAGAUUCGAAAGAUUAUGGAACGACCCAGCGAGGAAAGCUUGCACCAGAUCCAGCUAAUGGUGAAGGAAGCUACUCAACGCUGCAAAGACCUAGGACUAGAGUUUGAGUUCCAACAAUCGCAAGUAUUGGAUGAGCAGGGCAUUUUUAGGGCUGUGGUCAAUAUCUACGAUAAAAGUACUGGGAUGGUAGCGGAAUGGCUACCAGCACGCUUGGAAUAUUGGUUAAGCGUAGUAAGAGAUAGAGAAGAUCUCAACGAGGACAAUGUUUUCGAAAAUUUUGACCUCGAAUGGAAGGCAAACGUUGAAGAACUUAGUCAGCCCUUGAACGAUUCUCGCAGUUCUCGGAGAAUAUCGCUCAACUUAACUUCCGUCAAAGAUGUGAUAUUGAAAAGGAAUAGUCCAGCUAAAAAAUCCCCUUCGCAUAGUGCUAGAAAAUCGGAGGGUUUGCUGAAAUCAAUGUUCAAAUUUGGAGCGUCUAAUCCUGGCAGUGUGCGGAAAGAGUUGUUUGCCGAAGACGGUCGUAAUGACGAGAAUAUGCCAAUCAACCAACAAUCACCUUCCCCAACGAAACCCCACCGAUUCGGAGUGAAAGCCAACAGACAGCUAAGGGAGAUUCAGGUGGCGACCGCUAAACUGAAAAAGCUUUGCGAAAAGUACCAACGCCAUAACCCGGCAGACGACAGUAUCUGCACGGUAUUGGAUUUGAAUAGCAGCACCCGAUCGAUGGAGUACGUGACCAGAGAUUUCAUGCAGUCGAUAGCGGAAAUCGAGAACGCCGUCCAGGACAUGCGGUUCGUGCUGACGGAGCAAAACGUGAAGCAUGCGGAUGACGACGACCAGGAACGGCCCGGAAAGUCGGUGAGGUUUUUGAUAGACUAAGGGGGUUUCGCUUCCUGGGUGAGAGCGGGUAUCGGGAUGGAAAAUAGAUUUACUGCUUCGACUUACAUUUUAUUUGCCAUUAGUUGUAUUAUCGCUAACAUUAUUUAUUAGUUAUGCUUCAUACGUUUUGAAGACUUUUUUUAUUUUUACUUUUAACUGUGAAAAUGUAAUAUAACCUGUAAAUCGUGAUUAUAUUGAAA